AUGGAAACAUCUACUCUUAACCCUUCUGCUUCUACUGCUCCCGAAAUCUCUAUAGAUUCUGAUGUAGCUUCUGUUUCAUCUGACUCUGACUCUUCUGACGAAAUAUCACUUGCAAAUAAAUCAAGUUUCGAAAACUUACACUUUAGACCUUCCCAUCACCAUCUUGGUCUUCCUGAAUUAAAACGUUCGGCUUCCGUUUCUUCUCUUAGUUCAUACGCGUCUACUCCCCCUGAAACUCCCACAAUGAAUGGUAACAACUCAAUGUUGACCGAAGAAAACAAACUGGCACUCGGUGAGUCCGGAGCCCUAGCUCACAACUGGUAUUCUUGUGGCGGUGGUUCAAUUCACACUGAUGGCCGUUGGUUCAAGGACGAACAGGGGCGAACUUGUAUGUUACGUGGUGUUAAUUUGUGUGGAAAUUCUAAAUUGCCUACUAAACCGGAUGAAGAGGUUCAUGAACAUUUUUCUAGGUUGAGAACUUGGGGUCUAACCUUUGUAAGACUACUUGUAACUUGGGAAGCUUUGGAGCAUGCUGGACCUGGUAUUUAUGACGAAGAAUUUAUCGAUUAUCUGAUUAAUGUUAUAAGCGAGAUGUCUCGUUACGGUAUUAAAUGUUUUAUAGAUCCACAUCAGGAUUGUGUUAGUGGUUCUGGUGCACCAGGUUGGACAUUUGAAAUUGCAGGUCUUGAUAUUGAGCAAUUCAAGUCUACAGGCGCUGCUUAUGUUCAUAACACAAACCAUAGUCCUGGAGAACCUCCGUUACCAAUGGUAUGGCCUACAAAUUAUACAAAAUUGGCUA